CUGGGCCUCCAUUUCCUAGCUGGGGCGCCUAUGGGAACUCAAGCGCCAGCGCCUGCAACUUUGCCUGCAACUGCUGGGAUUGCUCUGACGAGAGCCAUUGCAGUAAGUUUGGGCGCCGCCAAAGGAACCGGGGAGAUGUGCCUCAAUUCCCCUCUCAGAGAGUGAUUUAACUCAUCCUGAUCAAAGCACCCUGGGAACUGGGAGGAGAAUAUUCCGCACAGCCUUUCCAAGGGAACGCUGGGAGUUCUAGCUCUGAGAGGGUCUCCUUGGGAAACUGAACACGUUACAGUUCCCACAAUGUCCCCCAAAGCACCCUGGAAAUGAUUGCUUUCUCUGGGCGUUGAGGGUUGCGAUUCCCUUGACAGAACUAUAGUUCCCAAGCUCAUUUCUCUUCCCAGGGAACUCUGGGAACUGUAGCUCAUGGGGGGAACAGGGGUCUCCUAACAGCACUUGGUGCCCAGAAUGCUGGGAACUGUAGCUUGCUCAGGGCGCCUGAUUCCUUCUCCUUCCAGGCUACCAGAAUGGGCUCCCACCACCGGGCACUGCCUUGGCCUGCGACUUUGAAGGCACCACCUGCUGCUAG